UGUAGCGAUCUUGUCUGCCAUGGACAGCUGAGAUAAGAUAGAAGAGGCAUGUACGGUUCUAACACCAAUUCUGUAAGCUCUAGGCGCACAAAAAUAAUUACAUAUUUAUGGGAUGUAAUUAUUUAGCAGUUCAACUAUAAUAGCUUUCACAAGCAACUGUAAAGUCUCUAAAAAAUUGAAGCACUCUGCUAUUUUCUUUAUUUGGUGAACAGUUGUCAAACAACUCAUCAGACAUUUGCAAUCAUUUUGAUUAACAUGGAUAAUUCUGUUUUAUUACAUGCUUAACAUUAGAGUUUCAUAUGUAAUUGAUGCUUACAUGGUUUGUUUUGUGAUAUUUCUUGUCAGCUCAACGCCUCUCAAAUACGAAGACCCAUUUAAAACCCUAUGGUAAAGGUCAGCAAGAUCAAUUCAACUGUUGAGAUGUGGGGAAAAUUAUACCGUUUAGCUCCAGUGACUCUCCCGAAGGAACAACAAUCAAUCCAUCAGAAACGGAGAUCACAUGCAUAUCAGUGGAAGAGACCAACAAUGUUUCUUGAAGGAGAUUCUGUUCCUCCUGGUGUAGAUCCUAACACUGUUAGAUGGAUUCCUUCAAAUCAUCCCUUUGCAACUAAGCUCAAAACAAUGUGUACCAGAAGCAUGGUGUUCCAUUUUGUAUUCAGGCAGAGCACGAGGCGCUGCAGAGAAAGCUUGACUUCUUUGAAUUAUGCUGAGCAAAACUCUAAAUCCUGCUUCAGCCAGAGACUUUGAGAGGCAACUAAAGCCACAUCUGAAGUUAGGCGAUCAAGUAGAACAAAGCACUUCGAAUACUAAAUGUAGUCCUAAUCCUUCUAAAUCUGACUCUGCACAUAAUCCUUUGAACAAACCAAUCUAUGAGGAUGCAGAAGCACCAAUUUUCACUGCAUGAAAACUUGACUUUCACUAAAUACAGUAUCUGCGGUAGCAGUACCUGCAGAUGUGUAUGUUAAGUGAGAGAGGCUCAUUGUCUAUUUGCAUGGAGUCUUUUGCCAAUGUUCAAAUCCACCUGCUCUAAAUCUUGGAAUGUACAUAGUAUUAAAUGUUUGAAAUGGAGAGUUUUUUCAGUCUGCAAUAGUUGUAUAUAUAUCUUUUGGAAGAUCAAUGGUCUGCAAUGGCUCAUUUUGAUUUGAAUUA